AUGGGCGACGAACAAGUUGGAGGAGAAUUCCAUGCAUGGAAGCAAAUAUUGAAAAGGGAAGAAAAGAUAGGCAGCACGUGUACUCAAGUGAGAACCAUUCGGCCUGGAGAUUGGACGGUCAAGAUUAACUUGGACUUUCGGAUCCCAAGGAAUGAGGAUUUUAGUAGAUACUACAUUAACAAUCAGCAACUCUCUGACUGCACAGCAACAGCAGCAUCCAAACUCUAUUCUAGCAAGCCUGAAGUCCUGAACCCAAUGAUCCGCCGGGCCUCCUUUGUUAGUUCCUUGCAAAAUCAAAAUCAAAACGAGCCUGGUCAACAAUUCCCCUCUUUCAGUCUCAAUAAACAGGAAUCAAGACUGCUACGCCAAGGCAGGGACAAGCACCCAAACGAACUUUCAGUGCCACUCCCAAACAAGUUCAACGAAAUCCAACACUUUAACAAUGACAGCUAA